AUGACGACUCCGACGACGAGUUUCCCAGCUCAGCGCCCGUUAAGCGCGAGGCUAGCCAUGCCGGCUUCGGAUCCGGAGGUCAUGCGCAGCUUUUACCAGCGACUCUUCCCCUGGCGACAACUUUUCCAGUGGCUGAACCACAGCCCGACGCCCUCCAACGACUUUGGCAAUCGCGAAUUUGCCUUUACUCUGCAAAAUGACGCCUAUCUGCGGUACCAGUCCUUUGCAACCGCAGAUCUGUUACGGAAAGACGUCCUCCGCCUCAUGCCCUCCCGUUUCGAAAUCGGCCCCGUCUACACAACGAACCCGCGAGACCGAAAAACCCUGCGCAACUCAUCCGCCUUCAAGCCGCUGUCGAAAGAGCUCUGCUUCGAUAUCGAUUUGACCGACUACGACGACAUCCGAACGUGCUGCGACAAGGCCACGAUUUGCAACAAGUGCUGGCAGUUCAUGACCAUGGCCAUCAAGGUUGUCGAUGUGGCCCUGCGAGACGACUUUGGCUUCAAGCACAUCAUGUGGGUGUACUCUGGGCGAAGAGGAGCCCACGCCUGGGUGUGCGAUAAGAAGGCUCGGUCCUUGGACGACCAGAAGCGCAGGGCUAUCGCAAACUACCUGGAAGUGAUCAGGGGUGGUUCGCAGAGUGGCAAGAAGGUCAAUGUCAAGAGGCCGCUGCACCCUCACCUCAGCCGGAGUCUCGAUAUCCUCAAGACGCACUUCCAAGAGGACGUACUGGCUGUCCAGGAUCCUUGGGCAACAGACGAACAAGCCCAGAAACUGUUGCAGCUUCUUCCAGACCGCAAUCUCAACGAAUCAUUACGCCGCAAGUGGGAGGCGGCUCCAGGCCGGUCAUCGACGUCCAAAUGGGCUGACAUUGACGCCGUUGCCAAGACGGGUGCGAGCAAGCACCUGGACUCGAAAGCACUGCUCGAAGCCAAACAGGAUAUUGUACUGGAAUACACCUAUCCCCGCCUCGAUAUUGAGGUCAGCAAGAAGCUGAACCAUUUGCUCAAGAGCCCCUUUGUUGUGCAUCCCGGCACAGGGCGGGUCUGUGUGCCCAUUGAUACCAAGGCUCUCGAGGAUUUCGACCCCCUGAGCGUGCCGACGGUACAAAGCUUGCUUGCGGAAAUCGACAGCUGGAAGGGUGGAGAGGACGGCGAGGAUAGUGACGACAAGCCCCACGUCAAGAUUGCGGACUGGGAAAAGACCAGCCUCAAGCCGUAUGUCGAGCAAUUCCGGUCGUUUGUGUCGGGGAUCCUCAGGGAUGAAGGGACGGCAAAGGUGAAGAGAGAGCGAGAGGACGACUCAAUGGAGUUUUGA